AUGAAAUUCACUUUGAUCACUUUGGCUGGGAUUUGUGUGACUUUGGUCAGUGCUCAAACCGUCCCUCCUUGCGUUUUGACAUGCGCUACCAACGCCGCUUCAUCUGCUGGUUGUCAGAGCUACACCGACCUCUCUUGCGUCUGUGCCAGUCAAGAGUUUGUGACUGACGCCACUGCCUGUCUUCAAGCGAACUGUACCGCAGCCGACCAACAAGCCGCAGUAGCUCUCCAACAAACUCUCUGCGCAUCUGCAGGGGGCAGUAACACCACCGCCACCAGCUCUGGUUCCAUCACCGAUUCUUCCUCUUCUUCGGUGACUACUACAACCACCCUCCUUCCAUCCGGUUCAUCUGGUGUAUCUUCCGUUUCCUCAAGUGCUACCUCCGUCCCAGCAGGUAUCAUCCCCAUCGCUUCGUCGAUCGUUUCGUCCAUCCGUUCGUCGUCUUCGGGAAGCAGCAGCACGAGCUCUGUCAGUUCAAGUAGUAGUGCCGCUUCUGCUUCCGGUAGCGCAAGUGGGUCUAUGGGAGAGAUUACCGUGUCCAAGUUGACUUUCGGGUUGGGAUUGGGAGGUAUGAUCAUGGGUGCUUUGGCAUUGUUCUGA